AUGCUGCUGACUCUCGCUGGGCUCCUGGUGCAUCUGCUCCUCGCCCUGGAAGACGCGACGUGGCAGCGGCUGGUGCGCUUCUACGCGGCGAGGGAGAUCGGGUCCCUGGACCAGGCGUUGGAGCGCGGCGCGGCCGGGGUGCCCAACCGGGACUUCAGGGCUUUCAAGGGAAUCAUUUCGGACUACCCGUGGACAUCCGCGCAGAGACCAUUGGCUGCACACCCUGAACCUCCGGAGGUCAUUGGACCCGUCUUCUGCCUUUACACCCGCCGAAAUCCGAAUGACUGCUACACCCUGAAGACGAACGAGACCAGGAAACUGAGAGAAUCCCCGUUCGACCCGAGGCGUCCGGUCAUGCUGCUCACUCACGGGUUCCUGGAUCACGGGCUCAAGAUAUGGCAAAUGGAAGUGAAGGAGGAGCUGCUGAAGGCGAAAGACCAGAACGUGGUCGUGCUGAGCUGGCUCGGGGGAUCCGGCCCGCCGUACAAUCAAGCCGUCGCCAACAUCCGACUCCUCGGAGUCAUGGCUGCCCAUUUCCUCGCCUUCCUCGCCAGGGAGACCGGAGUACGAAUACAGGAGAUGCACGUUGUUGGCCAAAGCCUGGGAGCUCACCUGGCCUCGUACAUCGGAUCCGCGCUCAAGGACAUGGGACUGGGGAAACUGGGUCGCAUCACGGGGCUCGACCCGGCUGGACCCCAGUUCGAACACACGGAUCCCCUGGUGAGACUCGAUCCUGAGGAUGCCCUCUUCGUGGAUGCCAUUCACACCGACGCUGCUCCUAUCGCAGCGGGAGGUUUGGGGAUGCUCCAAACGUCGGGUCACGCGGAUUUUUACCCCAAUGCUGGGGCUCGCAUGCCGGGAUGUGGACUGUCGCUUGACGAUUCUCUCGCAAAGGAAAACGGUUCCGUUGUCUACGUUUCCAGUCCCAGGUGUUCAUAUGCUGCUCGUUGGCGCUUCUCCCAAGGUUUUACGCGGUACCUGCUUUGCAGUCACCUGAGGACCUACGAGUACUUCAUCGAAUCCAUAAAUUCGCCCAAUCCGUUCCUCGCAUAUCAGUGCUCCAAUUGGGUCGAGUUCAGGCGGGGAGGAUGCGUGAGUUGCGGACAGAGGGGAGAGAAAUGUGCGAGAAUGGGAUAUCACUCGAAUGAAGCCUGGAAACCGGAUUUCUACGAUGGGAAACCCCGGAAAUUCUACCUCUUCACAGGCCCUGACCGUCCCUACUACCGUGUGACCCACAUGGUGACGAUGGUCCUGGCGGAUCACGAGAUCUCGGACAGGCGUGGAGGGGACAUCGGCAGGUUUCACGUCACUCUUCGCGGCUCUCGUGGCUCUUCUUCCAGGUCACGUCUCGGAGAUGAUGAGGAAUUGCGUGUCAGACCUGGCCAGGGAUUCAGUUUCCUGAUUCCAUCGCCUGAAAUCGGAGAAGUCGAGGAGAUUCUCGUGGAAUGGGAACGCGAGGGAAAGGCCAGGAAAUCCAAGAGGACGCGGUCGUCCUCUCAAUCCAGAGUAAUCAUCGACCGAGUCGUCGUUCACACCCUCGAACGCAACGCCACGGUGGCUUUCUGCGGCCGGGGUCGAGAGCUGGUCUCUGGGGAGAGGAUGGCGAUGAGGCGGGAUGACAGCCGAGGAUGUCUGGAGAAGCCCCUGCCCGGUGUCAAUCAGUCCCUCAGAGGCUCUCUCUUCGGCUUCCGUCUGCAGAAAAAUUCACGAGAGGAGAGGGACGCGGUGAUCCGGCUGGAACGGCGGAUGAAUGAGACGGAAGAGAGACGUUUAACGGGGAAUGGAGGCGAGAGACUCCAUUCCACUGGACCAAGGGAGAAGAAGAUCCGGCAUCUUCUUGCUCACUCUGCUCGUGAUAAUUCGGUGGAGGACAAGGUGGAGGACAAGGUGGAGGACAAGGUGGAGGACAAGGUGGAGGACAAGGUGGUGGACACAUUCCGAUCUUCGCUGUCGCUCUCCCCCAUCGGCAAUUCGAAAAGAGGCAUCCUGGAAAUCCGGAUUUCCCGGAUAAUUUGGGAAUGGUCUGAGUGUGCAUCGCGAAUGUUGAUGCAUUUCGCGGGUUUGCUGGUGCACCUCCUCCUGUUCAUGGAGGACGCCGUGUGGCAUCGCCUGAUGCGCUACUACGUGGAAGAAGAGAUCACGUCCCUGGACAACGUCCUUUCCGGCCCAUCCAAUCCCAGAGCGAGAAACCGGGCCAACAGGGCUUUUGGGAAGGACCUCCUUCGAGACUUAUCCAACCGCCAUCCAUCUCGUGAGACCUAUCAGGAACAAUUUUUUCCCUCAGAUGGUAGGGAAAAGGAGAAAUGCUAUCCCCCGUAUGGAUGCUUCUCGACGGACCACCCGUGGACAUCCCCGCAGAGACCAGUGGCUUCGCACCCUGAACCUCCGGAGGUCAUUCGACCCGCCUUCUGCCUCUACACCCGCCGAAACCCCAAAGAUUGCUACGUACGGUGA